GGAACCUUUGUUUUCCCGCUUUCGGAGCCCGCCAGUGCGGGGACCGUUUCCGAAGAGGCCACCGGGACCAGGAGGAUCGGCAGAGCGGGGCGGUACGCUUUCAGUCACUUGAUUGGUUUGGAAUCGGAGCCUUUUCUCCUGCGAUUCCAGGUGUCCCUAAGGUAUCUGUUAUCCAGAACCGAGAACUCACUGGAGGAAUGAAAACGGCAGCAUCUUUAAAAGAAUGUUUAUUGGAAGGGGUUGCAAGAGCUUGCGAAGUCAUGAAGGAAAAAGUUUUUUAGAGCCAUUAUGAAAUGGAAAUGGUAAUACUGCACUCUGUGUGGAUAGAUUCAGUUUCCUUCAUCUGGGGCACAUGCAUAUGAUCAAAUUUGGACUUCUUUUGAGAUUGGCAGGUAGGGUGAAAAACAGAUCUAGGGGAAAGCACAUACUUAUAUAUGAAUGCCCAAUUUAGGAUGGAGAGGUCACAGAAGCCUCAUAAGGUGACAUUUACCCAAACCUAGUUCAUUCAUUCAAUAAAUAUUUUUGAGCCCUUAUUAAGUUUGAAGCACUAGGUAUAUAACAGUGAACAAAACAAGUUCCUGCUCUCAUGAAGUUUACAGUCCAAUGGGAUUAAUGAAUUUAAGCAAGCCAGGUGAAAGAUUAUGAGAGUAUUACAGUUAGGAGCAUUGUCCUACAAGUCCCCAGUCAUGAAAGAGGUGUUUGCAAUGGCUGCUACUGUGAACUUGGAACUUGAUCCCAUUUUUUUGAAAGCACUAGGUUUCUUACAUUCAAAGAGUAAAGAUUCUGCUGAAAAGCUAAAAGCACUGCUUGAUGAAUCUUUGGCUCGGGGCAUUGAUUCCAGUUACCGUCCAUCUCAAAAGGAUGUGGAGCCACCCAAAAUUUCAAGCACAAAAAAUAUUUCUGUUAAGCAAGAGCCCAAAAUAUCAUUGAGUCUUCCUUCUGGCAGUAAUAAUGGCAAGGCCCUCACAACUGAAAAGGUAAAGAAGGAAGCUGAAAAGAGACCUGUUGAUAAAAUGAAAUCAGACGUCACUGAAGGAGUUGAUAUUCCAAAGAAACCUAGAUUGGAGAAACCAGAGACACAGUCCUCUCCCAUUACUGUCCAAACUAGCAAGGAUUUAGCUAUGGCUGACCUUUCCAGUUUUGAGGAGACCAGUGCCGAUGAUUUUGCCAUGGAAAUGGGAUUGGCCUGCGUUGUUUGUAGGCAAAUGAUGGUGGCAUCUGGUAAUCAAUUAGUAGAAUGUCAGGAGUGCCAUAAUCUCUACCAUCGAGAUUGCCAUAAACCCCAGGUGACAGACAAGGAAGCAAAUGACCCUCGCCUGGUGUGGUAUUGUGCCCGAUGCACGAGACAAAUGAAAAGAAUGGCUCAAAAAACUCAGAAACCACCACAGAAACCAGCCCCUACAGUUGUUUCUGUAGCUCCAGCUGUCAAAGAUCCAUUGGUUAAGAAACCAGAAACUAAACUGAAACAAGAAACAACUUUUCUAGCAUUUAAGAGAACAGAAGUCAAGACAUCCACAGUUAUUUCAGGAAAUUCUUCUAAUGCCAGCGUUUCUUCAUCCGUAACUAGUGGCUUAACUGGAUGGGCAGCUUUUGCAGCCAAAACCUCCUCUGCUGGUCCCUCAACAGCAAAAUUGAGUUCAACAACACAAAACAAUACUGGGAAACCUGCUACCUCAUCAGCUAACCAGAAACCUGUGGGUUUGACUGGUCUGGCAACAUCAUCCAAAGGUGGAAUAGGUUCCAAAAUAGGUUCUGGUAAUAGCACUACACCCACUGUACCGUUGAAACCACCUCCACCUCUAACCUUGGGUAAAACUGGCCUUAGUCGCUCAGUUAGUUGUGACAAUGUCAGUAAAGUAGGUCUUCCUAGUCCAAGUAGUUUAGUUCCAGGAAGCAGCAGCCAACUAAGUGGGAAUGGAAAUAGUGGAACAUCAGGACCUAGUGGAAGUACUACUAGCAAAACUACUUCAGAAUCCAGCAGCUCUUCCUCAGCAUCCCUUAAAGGUCCAACCUCACAAGAAUCACAGCUCAAUGCUAUGAAGCGAUUACAGAUGGUCAAGAAGAAAGCCGCCCAAAAGAAACUCAAGAAGUAAUGUGGCCAAGUAGCUUUUUAUAUCAUAUUAGCCUAAAGAUGAAAGGCUUAUUAUUAGGAUAUAUUCUGUAACAUACUGUAAUUUAAUAAACAUCUUCAUAAUCAAA